UGGGCUCGUUUUGUCUCAAUUGCUUUUGUGGGGUUUCAUGCUUAACUUGAUUAUAUCACACAUAGACUUCAAAGUCUGAAGUCAUGUUAUUUACAUGUAGUAUUCCCUCACAUGAAGAUACUAUUUUGUAUUUGGUAUAGAAGGUGGAAAGGUGCAUAGUGCUGUCUCGUUGUGGCAAACUCGAAAGCGUGGCACCACGGAUUUUGGCUGACGGUUUAUUGAUCCGUGCUGGGUGGGCGGGGGGUAUCCAGCGAAUGGGAGAGGCGACUCAUUUGAUAAACUCGAGAGUAAUUGCAGGAGAACGGAUUCAGAGUUUAAAACAACCGCAUUGGCCCAUCAUCACAGUCGCCUUUGAAGAGGGCAGAACCUCCACCUGUCAUCCAAACAUGUUCAAAUCCAGACUGUCCACUGUUGCAGCCAUGCCGUUGCAUCAAAUGACUGGCAAUGUUAUUUGCCUAGUUAGUUCUCCACUGGAAUGUGUACAAUGAAGAUUUUGGUAAUACGAAGAAAGCGCAGAUAUGUCGGUGCCUUUACUCAAGAUUGGAGUGGUGCUUAGCACGAUGGCUAUGAUCACUAACUGGAUGUCGCAGACAUUACCGUCCUUGGUGGGACUCAACACCACCAAGCUCUUGGUAGCUUCAGGAGGGAAAGCAGACCGGAGUACAGGCGUGCUGCCAGCCAACCCGGAGGAGUCAUGGCAGGUGUACAGCUCAGCUCAGGACACAGAGGGCCGCUGUGUAUGCACCGUGGUGGCGCCUCAACAGACCAUGUGCUCGCGGGACGCCAGGACCAAACAGCUCCGGCAGCUGCUAGAAAAAGUCCAGAACAUGACCCAGUCUAUCCAGGUGCUGGACCAGCGGACCCAGAGAGACCUGCAAUACGUGGAGAGAAUGGAGGUCCAGCUGAAAGGUCUGGAGACCAAGUUUAAACAGGUGGAGGAGAACCACAAACAGAACAUUGCCAGGCAAUAUAAGGCAAUAAAAGCGAAAAUGGAGGAACUUAGACCAUUGAUACCAGUGUUGGAGGAGUACAAAGCUGAUGCAAAAUUGGUAUUGCAGUUUAAAGAGGAAAUCCAGAAUCUGACGUCUGUGCUAAAUGAACUCCAGGAGGAGAUUGGAACCUAUGACUACGAGGAGCUACAAAACAGAGUGUCAAAUCUUGAAGAGAGGCUUCGUGCGUGCAUGCAAAAAUUAGCAUGUGGGAAGCUGACAGGAAUCAGCGAUCCAAUCACAAUUAAGACGUCUGGAUCAAGGUUUGGAUCCUGGAUGACUGACCCCCUGGCACCUGAGGAUGACACUAGGGUGUGGUACAUGGACGGCUACCACAACAACCGAUUUGUGCGGGAGUACAUGUCCAUCUACGACUUUAUGAAUUCCGACAACUUCACGUCUCACCGCCUCCCCCACCCGUGGUCGGGCACGGGUCAGGUGGUCUACAACGGCUCCAUCUACUUCAACAAGUUCCAGAGCCACACCAUCAUCAAGUUUGACUUCAAGACCUCCGUCAUCAGCAAGUCACGCCAGCUGGACUAUGCCGGCUACAACAACAUGUACCACUACUCCUGGGGAGGCCACUCGGACAUCGACCUCAUGGUGGACGAGGGCGGGCUCUGGGCCGUCUAUGCCACCAAUCAGAACGCGGGGAACAUUGUCAUCAGCAAACUGAACCCCAACACCCUGCAGAUCGUCAAGAGCUGGACCACCAAUCACCCCAAGAGGAGCGCAGGAGAGGCCUUCAUGAUCUGUGGUACGCUAUAUGUCACCAAUGGCUACUCCGGUGGGACCAAGGUGUACUAUGCCUUCAGCACCAACUCGUCCACCUACGAGUACAUUGACAUACCGUUCCAGAAUAAGUACUCUCACAUCUCCAUGCUGGACUAUAACCCUAAAGACAGAGCACUGUAUGCGUGGAAUAAUGGUCACCAGGUGCUGUACAAUGUUACCUUGUUCCACGUCAUUCGCUCCGAGCAGGAGCAGUAGAUAGCUAGCCAUGCUGUGACCUUCUAAUUCUACGGCAGACCUGGGUUCAAAUACUAUUUGAUUACGUUCAAAUAUUUUUUAGCAUUUGCUUUAGCCUGCUUGGAGUGUAAGAUGUGCGGGGUUUGUAGUUUUGCAACAGUUACAUUGGUUCCAUUGCACCAGGCAAGCUCAAUCAACCUUGGCUAGAUCAACUGAAUUUGAACACAGGUCUGGUCCACAGAUUUUUCAAAGUAGGGGAGAUAUGUAACUCAAAUCAAAGUUUAUUGGAAAUGUACGCAGAUGUGCAGAUGUAAUCGCAGGCGCAGCGAAAUACUAAGUGCUUCUAGCUCAGGGUUUCCCAAACUAGGUCCUCAGGACCCUAAGGGUUACACAUUUUGUUUUUUGCCCUAGCACUACAAAGCUGAUUCGAAUAAUCAACUAAUCAUCAGAUUUGAUCAUUUGAAUCAGCUGUGUAGUGUUAGGGCAAAAAACAAAACCUGCACCUCUUGGGGUCCAGAGGACUUGAGUUUGGGAAACGCUGUGUAACGCCAACAGUGUAGUAAUACUUAGCAA